AUGACUGCAUCUGAGAUAGAAAAUCAAGGUCAAGGUAAAGAUGUUCCAUCCAUGUCUAAUCAGGAAAAUGAGAAUGGCAGUGGUUCUGAAGAAGUGUGCUACACUGUCAUUAAUCAUAGGCCCGAUCGAAGACCCUCCCAGAGCUCCAACGAUGAUGGUUAUGAAAACAUUGCAAAGAGAGUGAGACCAUUAAGAGAAGGGUCAGAAACAGAAUAUGCCCUUCUCAGGAGAGCUUGCACUACUAGGUCUUCCUCCUGUACCCCUGAGCAUGAGCAUGAUUAUGAACUUGUGCUUCCUCACUAGAGCACUCAUGCCUCAUCAUCUUCCAGCAAUAAAGAUGACAGAAUACUGGCCUCCAGGGGAGUCUUACUCUUUCAGCUGUUCAUGAAACAUUUAUU